GAGGAUGCUGCCCUUUUGCCGGAGCAGCAAAAGGUCUCGGCCGUGCCCGAGGUCUACGAGUUCGAGUGCCAAAGUGGGGACGUCAUUGUCUUGGGAUGCGAUGGAGUCUUCGAUGUGCUGAGCAGCAGCAAGGCGGCCUCGUUGGUGAGCAAAGAACUCCGCGAGACCGGAGAUCCCACCGCUGCAGCGAAAUCCAUUGUCAAGGCGGCUUUGUCGGAUCCAAGGCAGCAGGACAAUGUCACUUGCGUUGUGGCCCUGAUUCAGUGA